UUCAACUUUUUACUCAAAUCUAUUCGACUUGUUGGAGAGUAAGAGUAUUUGUAAAAAUGUACAAAUUUUUGUCAUUCUGUUUGCUCGGAAUAGUUCUUGCUUUUGCUGUCGUUACCUCAGCUGAAAAGCGUACAUUGUCUCUUCAAACACUGCUAAUUACAGCUCACAAAAUUUGUUUACAAAAAGAAGAAUCCGCUAAACAGGAAUUGUUAGGACGAAAUGAAAUGGAUGAUAUGACUGAAAGUGAUAUCCAUCGAUGCCAUCAUGCUUGUGUCUGGGAAAACUCUGGAUUGUUUUCAAACAAUACCUUUGAUUUAGAAAACAUGAUUCCUACACCACAUGAAUUGCCACAUCGUAUCAAAAGGAUAUUUUUUCGUACCAUUCUCUACACAUGUGUUGGCCACAGUUAUGAAAUUGAGGACGAAUGUGAGAAAGCUUCCACCUUUAUGAGGUGCAUUAUUACUCUUGCUCAACAUAAACCAUUGCAAAUACAGAAGAAGUAGAUGUUAGGACAAUGGAAAUUUAUGCUCGAAACAUUUGUUGACAAUAUAAAACAUUUUUGAAUAAUUUGCAGGAAUAUUUUACCUUUAA